AAUUUACUUUAACUUUCGCUUUAAUUCCUCUCUUACAUAAGGUUCAAAACAAGAAAACCAACUUACAGGGUAAGUUACAGAGUAUUCUUGUGUCCUUUCAAGUCCGAUGGCAACCACAUACCUCGGAAAGCUAAUGCUUAGCGCUGAAAAUGGAGAAUCAGAUGAAGAAGAAAAAUGGGUCUCUCACUAUUCAUCCAACCAUCAAAUACUGUUAGUUGGUGAAGGGGAUUUCUCUUUUUCUUUGAGUUUGGCCAAUGCUUUUGCCUCUGCCUCUAACAUUUGUGCUUCUUCCUUAGACUCCUAUGGGGCAUGCUUACUACAUGAAGUGGAUGCAACCAAAAUGAAGCAUCAUACUGACUUAGCCAACCGAAAGUUUGAUCGAAUCAUCUUCAAUUUUCCACAUGCUGGCUUUUAUGGAAAGGAAGAUAAUCCCCAUAUGAUUCAGAUGCAUAGGAACCUUGUACAAGGUUUCUUUAGAAGUGCAAGGGGCAUGCUUAGAGCUAAUGGUGAAAUUCAUGUAAACCACAAGACCAGUGCUCCGUUUUCCCUAUGGAAUCUUGAGAAAUUAGCUUCUGAGUGCUCUCUGGCAUGGAUUCAGUGUGUAGAUUUCAAUGUAGAAGAUUACCCAGGUUAUCAAAACAAGAGAGGGGAUGAUUCAAGAUGUGAUGAACCCUUCCCUCUUGGCAAGAGCAGCACCUUCAAAUUCGGCUUUUGCCCUAGAGCUAAGAAGGCGACUAAAGCAACCAAAAGUGGGGUUUCAAUGUGUAACAAAUCUCAGCAUUUUCAAACCAUUUCAAUGCCAAUGCAGCUGCAUUCAACUUCUGAUUUCAACUAUCACCGAAGGAAUCAUACUUUGAAUCGCAUCCCACUGCAUGUUAAACUGCGUCCUAUCAUCCCUAACCAGAAUCAAUACUCCGGGGUCUUCGAUAGAAACUUUAAUGGUUUGGUCCGAACAUGUCAAGCGAAUAGCCUGAGGUCUGCAAGAUAUGAUGGUCUAGGAAGCUUGAGGCAUGGUCUUGACAGACAAUUGGUAGAGGUGCCGAGAACCUUGAAUGGUAACUUGCCUUACAUGCAUGAGCACAAGCAUGAGCAUGAAGUGAGGCAUAGUCUUGACAGACAAGUGGUAGGGGUGCCAAGAACCAUAAAUGAUAACUUGUAUUACAUGCAUGAGCAUGAAAAUAGUCUUGACAGAAAAAUGAUAGAGAUGCCAAGAACCUUAAAUGGUAACACGUAUUACAUGCAUGAGCACAAGCCAGCGAGGCAUAGUGUUGACAGACAAAUGGUAGAGAUGCCAAGAGCCUUGAAUGGUAACUUCAACUACAUGCAUGAGCAUGAGCAUGAACUUGCCCAUAUUAGCAAUUCGAGGCCUCAUCUUCACAGGGCGCUUGCAUGUCAAACCUAGCAGCUGAAAGUACCUAAUACUCGGGAUAUUCUCCGUUUGUAAAUGCAUGGAAUUUUCUGCUUUUUUGUCUGUGCCAGUUACACAGUACAUCAGCAUAAAAUGACAAGAGUACAUUCAACUUAUGAUGCUGACCAUGUAAAGUCAGAAAUGCUUAACCUUCCUCUGAAACUAGUUAUCUUUUUUCUAUGGAACAUACAAUGUAAUGCUUAAGUACGGGUAUCUUUGGUUGCUUUGCUUUACUUGAUGUUUAGUGCCUAACUAAUUCUAAAUUCAUAUGAUUAAUGAUUACAUCUAAACAA